AUGGGCAAUGGUGAGUGCUGUUGUGCUGUUGUGCUGCUGUGCUGGCUGGGGCCCGGUGGUACCCUUCCCAGCUUCCCUCCCAUCGGCACGGCGGGAGACAUGGAGCCAAUUCUCACCACGGGCAUCCACCCGGUCCCCGGCCCUGCCAGCAGCCCUGGUGCCCUGGUCCUGGCCGCUUUCCUAUAUGGGCACUUUGAUUUUCCAUCACCACUGCAGCGCCGUCUCAGUUUCACCGCAGUCGCCAUCCCUUCCUCCCGUCAGCUUGUCUUUGCCGGGGCCGAGUGGCUUGACUCCCGCCGGCCUGCCCAACGGCCAAAAGCCAACUGCUCGACUGGACGCCAGCCUUCAGCUCCGCGGCCCCUCACCACCUUGCGCCUGCGCCUGCGCCUGCCACUACCACCACUUACCACCACUACCGCCACUACUACCACUACUACCACCACUUCCAUGCCUCCAAGUUCCCUCUACCACUAG